AUGGAACUCGCUUUGAGCUUAGGAGACACGUCCAAGCCCUUCUCUUUUCUCGACAAGCCAGCCAAUUUACCCUCCAAGGAUCCACCUGGCUUCUGCAUAGCGCCGGGGAAAGGGUUUGAGGACAAACGAUGUGAUGCUGAGAAAAGGGGUUCUUCAGAUCCACCAGUUCAACUUGAUCUUCUUCCUUUCACUCCGGUUCUCAGAUCCCAACCACCCUCUCAGCUUCGCAUCCCUUGGCUCGCCGAAGCAUGUGGUGGCACGGCGAGGGUGUUGGAUGUGAACCUUUUUCCGGUGGCGGCGGAGGACGGCGAUGACGGGACGUCGCUGUCGUCGCCGAGCAGUGCGGUGUCGCCGUUUCAGAUGGAUUUCAGCAUGAGAAACGGUAAUGCAGAGGUUGGAGGAAGAAACAAGAGGGAACAACUCGAGGGUGAAGGUACCAGAGCGAGUGAUGACGAAGAAAAUGGCUCAACGCGGAAGAAACUCAGACUCUCCAAAGAACAAUCAGCUUUUCUCGAAGAAAGCUUCAAAGAACACACCACCCUCAAUCCCAAGCAGAAACUUGCGUUGGCUAAACAGUUGAAUCUUCUUCCUCGUCAAGUGGAGGUUUGGUUUCAGAACAGAAGGGCAAGGACAAAGUUGAAGCAAACAGAAGUGGAUUGUGAGUAUUUGAAGAGAUGCUGUGAAACUCUAACAGAAGAGAACAGAAGGUUGCAGAAGGAGCUUCAAGAACUUAGAGCCUUGAAAACUUCUCAACCAUUCUACAUGCAGCUUCCAGCCACCACUCUCACCAUGUGCCCCUCUUGUGAAAGGGUUGCCACAAAUUCCACCACAACUAACCAAACUUCUUCCACUAUCAACAAUAAUGGUUCUCAAAUCCCUGUCGAUUUAUCUCUCAGCAAGCCUAGAAUAUUGCCCUUCCCUAACAGUCAGGCCCAAGCCCAAGCCCACCAGAUACCCUCUUCAUGA